AUGGCUGCGGCCCCCAGGCCACCCAAGGACCACUUCAACGUGCUGUUCUUUGCCAGCGCCGGCUCCUUUACGUCCAAGCAAUACGAUGUGUUACAGGCCCCUCUCCCCUUGAAGAAGCUCUUCGAUGCACUUGAAGAGAGAUAUGGCGGGUUUAAAGAGAGAUUCUUGGAGUCUUGUUUGGUGACGGUCAACCUAGAAUACGUAGAUAUCCCUGGACAGGAUGAUAGUGAGGAUCCGAUAAUCCAGCCUGGCGAUGAAGUAGCCAUCAUUCCUCCUCAACGGGUCGCGUUCGCCGCCAAGAGCUUGUCGCGAUCGCCAAAAUUGCCGCCGCCACCAAUCUGGAUCCUGUUUGGUACGGCUUCUCCCCCAGCGGACGCCGAGCACGACCAGGGUCACCAACAAGAGCACGACGAACGUUGA